AUGCUCGAGUCGGCCAAAAACGGGGGGAACCUCUUGAAGGUUGAACUCCGGGGCAAUCCUAAAAACUCCUCCACCCCGAUUGUGGUUCUCAGCAGUGGUGUCUUUGCCCCAGCUACCCCGAACGAGCAAGCAACUACAAAUGCGGAGGGGAUCGCGACUGUUUUAUCACAGCUGCCCAUUGAUGUAGUCAGCUCCGCCAGAGAGCCUACCUUUCCCCCGUUUGGGCUGGCUUCUGCCUCUCCCAAACAUCGCUCCUCAGAAGCACAGUCCUCCGAACUUUGCUUUCAAGACGCCGGUGUCUCCGCCCCCAAGACCAAUCUCGUCGUGUCCCCCGCCGCGGCGCUGGUACCUCCUUCAGCCCAGGACGUUUUUGAUAUCCGGCAGCAGGGAAAGUACAAGAUUGGCUUCUUUGGCAUGGUUGGCAUGGACUGGGAUGUCCACUCCACCAAUGUUUUGGAUGAUCUACAUAAGGAGCACAAGGAGGUUGAUCUUGUGGUUGCCGUGACGAAUAUGAGACUGGCGGAGGACCUCCUUCUUAGUGGUGCGACGCAGGAAAAGGGGCUCGAGAGGGUGGAUUUUAUCUUUGGAGGUUAUGACCGUGAGGCCGUGGGGACUUUUUACCCUGAGCUUGUGAUGCAGUCCCAGCACAGCGAGGGGGAAAGCAAGGGUAAGAUGUGCGUCAAAAAGGAGGGCGAGGACUUGCCGGAGCUGGACAGUGUCAAAGUGACGCAAUUCCAUCACCUUGAACGCUACCCACCUUUUGCAUCUCUUUCUCCCUCGGUCCGCAUGCUCAAGACAAUUGACACUGUCACUCCUGACCUCGCCAGCUUGACCACCAAGCCCCUUUUCGUCUCUCGCUCCAGGAUCAACGCUAAGGAGGCAGCUGUCCGGCAUUCUGAGACCAAGCUUGGCAAUUUCAUUGCCGAUUCCAUGAUGGCGUACUACGACGCUGACAUAGCCCUGCUCCCGUCUGGUGCCCUAAGAUGUGAUCGGAUUCUUGGAUCCGCAUCCGAGGAGCAGCGACAGUUCGAAGUGAUCGGGGCUGACAUCAUUGAUUGCUUGCCGUUCCAGAACCAGCUUGUAUUGAAGCUGAUCACCGGGAAGCCGAUGAGAGCUGCGUUGGAUAACUCCGUGUUCGAGAGGCACGCCGAUGGCCGCCUUCUUCAGAUAGGAGGCUUGAGGGUGAAUGCCUCACUGGCGAGGCCCGAAGGGGUCAGAAUUGUCUCUGCGAAAUGGGUUCUCCAAGAGCAUGUCAAUGGCACGCGGAUUGAAGAGCAUAUUCGUGAUGAGAAAUAUUACACCGUUGCCAUGACUGAGUGGUUGGCCAACGGCUGGGGAGGUUUCUCUAUGCUCCGCAAGGGACAAUUGGUGUGAGAGGGUGAAGCGCAAGGCAUGACCGACACCGACCUCUUUUUCAAGACUUUUGGGGAGUGGUCAGACAUCGGCAACGCGUUUAUUUCAUGGUCACCGGGAACAGAAAGAAGAAUCAGGCCCCGGUGGCUGUGAAAAAGUACCUGAACAAUCCGUAUCUGAGCAGUCGGAACUCCGGUCUUUGGGCCGUCAGGUAUAAGAUGGUGCUUGGCAAAGACGAUGAAAAGGGGGUCCCCAUUGUCUCACCAAAAGUUGAUGGAAGAAUCCAUUUCACAAAGAACCUGAAAAUCUCGAGAAAUUCGCAGAGAGGGGUUCCUAGAUAGAUAGGCGGGUCUGCACGACCCUAG